AUAAAAUAGCAAAAAAAAUAAGUUUCAUAAAUCUGUUUGUGAAAUUAAAAAAUUCCACCAAUACAUUUUAAUUUCCCAAUCGAAAUCGUCAUCACACACAUUUUCGAUUUCAAUAAAUUAUUGAUUCCUUGUGGAGUCGCCCUUAAGAACUCCCGGCAAGACAGCUGCUGCAAAUGCAAAUGUCAUAAAAUUUGACACAUGAAAUGAACUCGUGCAUUUUAUUCCUGUGAAGAAAAUAAAAUACCUACCAAGUUGUUAUUUUACUUUGUUAUUCGCUAUCGCCAUCGUUGUUAACAGAAAUUAAGUCAAUCAAAGUAACUCGAAACUCAAAAUAGCUGACAAAAUGUGCAACGGUGCAAGUAGCUCAGCGUCGGAGGACGAGAGUGAAUAUGGCACCAAUCUGAAGAUACUGCCACGCAAUCCGCAAGUCGCCGAAUUGCAGACCAUCAUUAGAGACAAGAACACAUCCCGGAGCGAUUUUAAAUUCUAUGCUGACCGAUUGAUUCGUCUGGUCAUUGAGGAGAGCCUCAACCAAUUGCCAUACUCUGAUUGUUCGGUAGAAACUCCUACCGGUGCCGUCUAUGAAGGACUAAAAUAUCGAUCUGGCAAUUGUGGAGUGUCGAUUAUUCGGUCUGGUGAAGCCAUGGAACAGGGACUCCGUGAUUGCUGCCGUUCAAUACGAAUCGGAAAGAUUCUAGUGGAAUCCGAUGCCGAGACUCACGUUGCUAGAGUUGUUUAUGCUAGAUUUCCGGAUGACAUUGCCCGAAGACAAGUGCUGUUGAUGUAUCCUAUCAUGUCGACAGGAAAUACUGUCCUCCAGGCUGUGAAUGUCCUCAAGGAGCACGGUGUACCAGAGGACUGCAUAAUCCUCUCGAAUCUCUUUUGCACACCAGUGGCAGCUAAAACAGUAGUGACUGCAUUUCCCGAAAUGAAAAUCCUCACAUCAGAACUCCAUGCAGUUGCUCCCAAUCAUUUUGGCCAAAAAUACUUCGUUCUUCAAUCAAUGUGGCUGUGACUCAUCAACUAAGCUUUUGCCAAGUUAUGGCUGUCCUUGUUCAUCCAAUUCCUCGUUCCAGCAUUAGCUUUCGUUUUUUCAAGGCAAAGAUGACCCCAUAUUCCUCACCAAUUUUAUCAUUUUCACUCAGAAAUAAGAAAAUUUUAUAUUCAUUUAAAACUUAUUUUCUCCAGAAUAAGAAUUUAAAAUUUUACUUUAUUGAUUUCUUGAGUCAGACAUACAAAUUAUGCUUUAUCUGGUAACGCCUGGAUUCCGAAGCGUGAACUGUCGAAUUAAGAUUUCCGAAAGGUUGAUGUACCAGGCGAACAUGCUUACCAAUAAGGCACUCCCACUAAUAUUCUUUGUUUUGCUGCGCAUUAUCAUCAUAACAACAUUUGUAGUUGUGCUUUAAUAUAUUUAUAUUUUUCAUGUUUUAGCUUAUUUUCUACUCUCAAACGUGUUAAAAUAUUGCAACAAAUUGAAGUUAAGGGGCGUGGUCAAUCAUUUAGUAGUGUUGGAGAUUAUUUUCACAUAAAUGUAGUUGAAAUAAAGAGGAAAAAGAAAUAAA